AUGGAUAACUUAUCGCACCGUACGGAAACCACAGAAAUCCGUAGCCCCCCCCCUUCCGUCUCCCCAACUGCUCCCUCUAUUGGCGAAAAUCAACCCGUUACGUCAACGGAUCUCCUUGCAGCAGAUGAAUGGAAGUCAAACUCUCCUGACGUCAAAACUUCUCCCGAUGAAGCCCAUUAUGUGAAACAUCCAUACGCAUCACUUGAGGACCUCGUCAAGCGCAAUGGGGGUACUUCCCUUCUGACGCGAAUUCUAGUUGCGAAUAACGGCAACGCAGCAGUGAAAGCGAUCCGCUCCUUGAGGCAAUGGUCGUAUUCAAUGGUAGGAACGGAUAGGGCAUUAGAAUUCGUUGUGAUGGCCACAACAGACGAUAUUGAAGCGAAUCAAGAAUACAUCAGUGAAGGUGACUUCCUGGUUGAAGUUCCAUGCGGUCCUACAAACAACAAUUUCUCGAAUCUGUAUUUAAUCAUUCAAAUUGCGGAAGAGUAUGAUUGCGAUGCUGUAUGGCCUGGUUGGGGUCACGCAUCCGAAAAUUUCAAGUUUCCAAUAGCAUUAGCAUCGUCACCACGUCGACCUGUGUGGAUUGGACCACCCUACUCGUCCAUGUUGGCAUUAGGGGACAAAAUUGGGUCAACGAUUAUUGCGCAAUCCGUUGAUGUCCCAUGUGUCCCAUGGAGCGGCAUGCAUGUUACAUGUACAGAGGAGGAUCUUUCUGCUGGUUUGUUGCCUCGGGAGUGUCUCGACCGCGCUUGUGUCAAAUCUGCCGAAGAGGCUCUCAGUGUAUGCGACCGUCUCGGAUACCCUGUUAUGAUCAAAGCGUCAGCUGGAGGUGGCGGGAAAGGAAUACGAAAAGUGAAGACGGCGGAUGAGGUCGUUAGCGCCUACCACCAGGUCAUCAACGAGGUCAAAGGGUCUCUUGUAUUCAUCAUGAGACUCGUUCAGCGUUGCAGACAUCUGGAAGUUCAAGUAAUUAGCGAUUGCUACGGACAUACAAUUGCACUUGGUAGUCGUGAUUGCUCAAUUCAACGUCGGUGUCAGAAAAUUAUAGAAGAGGGGCCAGUUGUAACAGCCCCAAAAGAAGUGAUUCAGCGAAUGGAGGAUGCUGCAGUCCGGUUGUGUUCAGCAGUAAAAUAUUGUAAUGUUGCAACAUGUGAAUUUAUGUAUGAUUUAGACACUAAACAAAUCUAUUUUCUAGAAGUGAAUGCACGACUUCAAGUUGAACACGUUGUCACUGAAGUUGUAUCUGAUUUAAAUUUGCCUGCAGCACAAUUGCAAAUUGCCAUGGGAAUUCCUUUGGAGAAAAUUCCUGAUAUUAAAAGAUUCCUGGACCUCAAAUCGUGCGAAAAAUUGCCGGAAAAGCAUUGUAUUGCUGCGCGAAUCACUGCCGAACAUGCUGAAGAUAAUUUUAGACCAACAUGCGGAGAUGUGUUUGAGUUACACUUGCGGACAUCGAUGGACGUCUGGGGAUAUUUUUCAAUCGGUGCGACCGGGAAAGUGCACGCAUAUGCGGAUUCCCAAAUUGGUCACAUUUUUGCGUCUGGACGGGAUCGCGAAUCCGCUCGCAGGCAUUUGAUCGUCGCGUUGAAAGGCUUGACUGUGCGGGGAGAAAUAAGAACGAACGUUGAGGCCUUAUUGACAAUAUUGGAGUUGCCUGACUUUGUGAACAACAACACACACACAACUUGGGUCGAGACUUCUGUGUCUUUGGGAUCACGAAAUUCCCAAUGUUCUCCUCAGCAGUGUUUGCUAUUGCAGGCGGUCCUUCUUGCCGCUGCCUAUGAGGCUUUCAUCACGUUCAAGCGGAGUGAAGCUGAAUUUUUAGAAAAGAUUGGUCAAGGACAGCUUCCACCGGCAAUAAAAGUCCAAACGUCGUCCGAGCUGGUUUAUAAGACAUCACGUUUCGAUGUCCAAUGCUUUCAUACUGCUCCCUAUAUGAUCGCGGUUCAAUUGAACAAUUCAACAGCGGAAGUCCUUCUCCGACCCAUCACGUCUUCAUCGACUCCUUUUACGACUUGCGCAGAUCCCAAUGAGUCAAACAAUGCAGCUGCAUGUUUCUUGGUCUCUCGGGGAUUUGAUGGUCGAAGUCGUCGAGUAUUUUAUAAAAUUGAUAAUUCUGGAAUCCGUGUGACGUUUGAUGGAUCGACAUUUACUUUUGUUAAAGAAUCUGAUCCUUCCCAAGUGCGUGCUCCCGUUAGUGGAAAAUUAUCGCGUUGGAUUGUCACAAGCGGGACGCCAGUGCAGCGAGGACAACCUUACGCAGAGAUUGAAAUCAUGAAAAUGUACAUGCAAUUGCAAGUACCAGAAGCGGGGAUCCUCUCGCAUGCAUUGGCUGAAGGCGCUGUAUUCAAAGCAGGAGAUUUGCUUGGAACCCUCGAAUUCCCUGAUGGCCUUGUUUUUGAAAAGGCAAAAGCGUUUGAGGGAAAGUUUCCUGUUCGUGAUAAAAAACAAGACAACUACUGCGAUGAACAACAAGACAUCUCUAGUACAAGAACCCGCGGUCCAGCUAUAUUGAGGAAUUUCCGAUUUUCUAAAGAGCGCUUGAUUGGCGUUCUGAAUGGUUAUCAUUGUCACGCUGAAGAAUCACAAAAGGCACUCGAUGUUCUUCUGCGCGUCUCGUUCAAUCCCUCGCUACCUCAGCUUGAAAUUGCCGAAGCUUUGUCAGUCAUGGAGCCAGUUCUUCCCCAGAUGUUGGCGCAACAGCUUUACGCAUGUCUCACCCACCAACCAACCUUCACCAACAUGCCUUCGGAUAAACAUUCAAUCUCAGAGCCGAGUACCUCUUUGAACAUGCUUCCUACAACGAGUAUAUCGAACGACAAUUCAAUCAAAUCACCACAACGCGCUGGAGAUCAGGAGCCUGUUGAAAUUCUCAUGAAUGCGGAGAGAUUGCGAUCCAUCACGAAUACAGCAACACAGGAAUUGCCAUCGCGUCAGUUGUUAGACAUCAUCGAGGAGUAUCUCGUUGGUCAAGCUGCGACAGGCGAGGCGUUCGGCAUUACACGAUCUCAACUUGAACCUUUAACAGAUUUACUGAUCAAAUACGAGAAUGGAUUGCUUGUCUCUGCGAUUGAUCUGUUUUUGUCGUUAUUAAAUCAAUUUGUCGAUGUGGAGGAAAUAUUUCAUCAACAAGAUAGUGAAUCUGUCCCAAAAGUGCUUCUGAAUAAAAGAACUGAAGUCGAUGCUUCAGAAUUGGCAGUUCUCGCUCGAAGUCAUCAAGCACUUUCUGAUAAAAAUCAAUUAAUAAUUAGAAUUCUCGGUUGUAUUCGACAAACUUCAGGUACUUAUCACCACGAUACAAUUAAUCUCAUCAAAUGAUCAAAUUGUCCGUCUUUAGGGUUUAUGGAGUAUCUUCCUCUUUUCUCGGAGGUUCUUCAACGGCUCUCAAAUCUGUCGAAGCCAGAGUACGCCGCAGUCUCAUUGCGCGCACGUCAACUUCUUCUCACACGAAAGCAGCGACCAUUUGCUGAACGAACUCUUUCCCUCGUUGAUAGUCUGCUCGAUUAUCUCGAGCGUCGCCAGCCUCUCAUCAGCCAUUCUCUCUGGGCAGCACAUUCCCCAACGACAACAGGUACGAAGGCCUACCACGUUCCAACCCCGCUGACUCCUAUGGGGAGCGUUCCUCUCUUCGGCUGUUCUGGAGGAGGUGGUUUUGCGCAUUCCGGUUUUGGAAUAUCUAGCGCUCUUUCUUCCGGACUUCCGACGAGUUCGUUGCUUCAGCAUUUCGUUAGUGAUGUCGAUGAAGUUGUUGACGAUUCCCUUGUCGCUCUUAUGGGACAUCCGCUCGGACAGUUGCGGAAACUCUCCCUAGAGAUCUUCGUGCGGCGACAUUACGAUCGUUUCGGACUUCAUGAUCUUCGAAUCGUUUGUGAUGGAGAAUCCUGGAUCAAUACAUUGGAAGCAGUUCCUUCAGCGUCGAGUGAUAAUGAUCGAGUAUCGACUUGGAGAUCUCAGAAGGGGAUGACGCCUUCGCGAUGGGCUGGAAUGCACAUGAAUUUGCUGCAGGAGCCACCGUUGGGAUUCACUGAGAAUGUUUGGGGAACUUCUUUGGGACCAUCAGUUUUCGGACAAUUGAGUGGACAGCCAUGGCACGCUGGCGGCACACCCACGUGGAGAUCAAUCAAUCUAAUGGGACAAUCAACGACACCAAAAUCCCAACAUCUUACAUUAGGGCGACCAAAGUUUCUAGAUGAAGGGAUAGGAUCCUCUGCGACGUCGAGCGAACGACUACCUCACUUCCCAACUGGACGCGGUUCAAGCGAGAAUUUCCAAUUCCCGUGUCGUUCACUUCAACCAAGUGGCGAAUUCGAUCAAUCGAGAUGCGACGAAUCGAAAACGCGUCAACGUGUGAAUAAACUUUUGGCUGUUUGGAUUCACGCUUCAGUCAUGAAUAGUGAAUUUCUACUGGAGACGUGUGACAUGAUUACAUCGACACGCUCGACAAAUCGAUUACCAAGUGUAGCAGACGCGUCGACUGGGAUUCCGACAGAUCAACAACAAUGUCCCAUUUAUUCGAACAGUCCUGGAGGUCCUUCCGCAUGUCUCGCCACAUCGAAUAACAACUCCAUGGUGUCGCUUUUGACAAAUCCAUCCUCCAAUAGCACUGGAGCUCUCAAUGCAUCUAUAACGAGUGCAUCUCGAUGUCUCAAUCCUUCAGCGUCAUUGGGACUCGACUCUGACUCACGCUUGCAUCAUAUGUUGAAUGCAUUUGCUGGAAUUGGAGGAGGAUCAAGCGAGCAGGCGGUGGGAAAGUCUCAAAUGACUGUCGCCAUGGCAUUCCCCACCUUUGAUCAGUUUCGGUCUACAUUUUCAUCGUGUCUGGAGGAAUACUCUAUUUUACAAGAAUCUAUGUCUCCAGCACCAUCUGGCGCUGACGCUAAAUUUUUGAUGCUAUUCAUCCCUGAUGUGUCCCAAAUUUCCGAAUUCAGUCAAAGAAAUUCGGCAACAGGAGAAGCCGAAUUGAACGCGUCAACCUCAAGCUUUUCCAAAAUGACAAGAUCCCCUCUAAACAAGUUUCCGAAUUACGUAGAAGAACCUCUUUUGAGAAAUGUCAUUUGCUCCGAAUUCAGCCAAUUAGAGUUAAAGCGCUUGUGCCAUUUCCAUGUACGACGCGAGCCCACAACCGUUCCCAACAUCCACAUGUACGAAGCGACCCCGAAGGUGGAUGGUGAUUCUCAAGAGCUUCGCCACUCCAGCAAAGCACCUCCUUUGGCGGGAUCUCCCCGAUUUUUCGUUCGCGUCUUGAUUCAUUAUCGCAUGAAUAACGAAGAACAAGACACCGCUGAGCUCGAGCGUCACGUCGUUGCAGCUCUGAACGCAUUAGAGAUUGCGUUAAAAUCGAGUGCGUCGUCCGGAAACGCAGGGAGUCGGCCUUCGCCGUCGCAUCACUUAUUGCUCUCUGUCAUUCUUCAAUCAACGACUGCUGGAGGGAAUCAGUCGUCCAUCCGUGGAAGUGGUGCUGUCAGUCAACGUUUAUCGCCAGCAGCUGCCGAAGCAUCUAUUACCACUAUCGCUAAACGAUAUCAACAACGUUUAAUGAAGAAUCGAGUGAGCGCCGUAGAAGUUCGAUUUGCUCAAAGAUCGCUGCAAGCUUCCGACACUUUUGUCCCAAUACGACUGGUCAUCACUAAUCCAACUGGUCAAAGCCUUCGAAUCCAAAAAUUCGUUGAAAUUACGGACCCAACUACCGGAGAUUUGGUUUACUCUGCCCUCGAUGCUUCGGACAGUCUGGCUAUUAGUGUACGGCAACCUCUCCAACCAGUUCAUUCAUGCAGACCAGAAAUUAAUCGUCAAUCAGCAUCUCACAAAGAUCUCACGUACGACGGGUUUCCGGUCUUGACUCCUCAUCCUCUAGCCGGUCCUUUGGACGAGAAGCGUGUCUUAGCUGCGAGUUUGUCCACAAUCUAUAUCUACGACUUUUUGGACUUAUUUGAGGAGGCGAUCAAGAAACAAUGGAGAUCAUGUCCCAAAUAUUUCGUUCCUUCUCUUCGUGGAGACCAAACAUCCUCAUCGGAUGGAAUUGGGACUAAACCUUCUGAGGCUGUUCAUCCAACGACAUUCUUGCCUGAUCGAGUCUUGGAGUCGGUUGAACUGAAGCUUGAUCAUCGCGGCGAAGUGGAGGAUGUUUUCCGGGACCCUGGAUUGAAUGAAUGCGGAAUGGUUGCCUGGCGGGUUGUGAUGCGCACUCCAGAAUUUCCAAGAGGGCGAAGGAUCAUCCUGAUCGGCAAUGACGUCACGUACCAUAUGGGAACAUUUGGAGUUCAGGAAGACUUACUAUUUCAACGUGUGUCCGAAGUUGCGAGAAAGCACGGGAUUCCGCGCGUUUAUAUUGCCGUCAAUUCGGGUGCUCGGAUGGGUUUAGCAACUGAAGUUCAGAAGGUCUUUAAAGUUGAAUGGGUGAAUGCGGAUCAACCAUCGCUGGGAUUCAAAUAUUUGUAUUUAACGGAAGAAGAUUAUAAAAAAUUGCGCGCCAGUGAAUCAGUUGCUUCUGAGCCAGUCGAUCAUCCCAUUCAUGGAAAAAUUUAUCGCAUCACAACAGUAAUUGGAAGUCAAAUUGGAUUGGGUGUUGAGAAUCUAUGUGGCAGUGGAGCCAUUGCGGGAGAAACAUCCCGUGCUUACCAAUCGAACAUGACCGUCACAUUCGUCACAGGGAGGACUGUAGGGAUUGGAGCUUAUAUUACAAGAUUGGGACAAAGAGUGAUACAGAAGUCGAGUGGAGCUCCAAUUCUAUUAACUGGCUAUCAAGCUUUGAAUCGCUUGAUCGGUCGAGACGUUUAUUGUUCAAAUGACGCAAUUGGAGGAGUAGAUAUCAUGGCAAAGAAUGGAGUAUCUCAUCUUGUAGUGGAUGAUGAUAUGGAAGGAUGUGAAGAAGUUAUAAGAUGGCUUUCUUAUGUUCCAGAACAUCGCGAAGGUCCUCUACCAAUUAUGGUGGAUCCUAGCGACCCAAUUAC